UUCGGUUGUUUCGUAUCACGGCGCGUUACGUAACGCUCCUCGAGCCCCCCACCACUCGGCGAGAGACGAUUCAACCACCCUUCCCCUCUCCGGGCUUUUCAAAGCACACUGGAUGCUGCGGACUGAGGAGAAUGAGCGCUUAGUUUUUCUAAUCUCGAUUUAGUAGUCUAGUUUUUGCCACCUAGCGAGAAGCACACCGCUCGUCCUGUCUGGCUCCGUCCACACACGGCAUUUUGACGUUUUGUUUACGUUCACUUUUUUUUGCGUUUUCGGCGGUGCUACACGAAACUGUUUCGAACUGUGACUAAUUAAAUAAUAACGACUGGUAAUUUUAUGUGAUAAGUAAAUGUGAUUUUUCGGACCUGUGCGAUCCGGUUCUACCAUUCAAUUUUUCCGUCUCGAUUGUGUGUUUUUUAUUAUAAAACAAAAAGGAUAUAUCUUAGAGUUUAGCCAGAAUUUUUGAAUGUUGUUGUUAUUGAACGUUUCUAUGUCAAUUAUACACUAGGAGAUUUUAAAAUUUUUAUACGAUAUGGAGAGCAGAUUAGACUACAGGAGCGGAGGUGGUUUGGACUUCCACCCUCCGGCUUCGAUGCUAUUAGAUAAUAAUACGAAUUAUUCGCAUCUACAAAAAUCCAUAGACACCCUCAGAUCGCUCGGCGAUAGGCUGGGCGAUAGGAAUGUGGAUCUCAGGCUGAACCUGCACCAAGAUUUAAGGAAUUACGAUAGGACCAACCAACUGAACCUAGACAGGAAUUUAGAGUUAAACUUGAGCCUCAACGGCGACAGAUACCUCCAGGAAAGGAUGCAACAGGAACGUAGCCUAGAAAGGCUACUAAACGAGAGGAAUCUCCACGACCAACGAACCAUGGACCACAGCUUGAGCAUGGAGAGACUUAGCCUCGAACGCUCUUUAACCCAACACAUGGACAGGGCCCUCCAGGACAAAAACCUCAACCUGGGCAACGAGAGGACCCUGAUGGAAAAACAAAUGAGCAACGAAAGAAACUACGGCCAUCCCAACAACGACAACCGGCUGCCCUAUCAGAACGACAGGCUGCAAGAGAGGAUCAGGAUGGACAACAACGACAUGAGGCUAGGUCAGGACAUGAACGAGAUGAAGUUCAGGGAGUACAAGAAUCACCUGGAGAACCUGAGGAUCGAAGGGUCAAGGACGCAGGAGGGGAGGUUGGAGGAGGACAGGGGGACGACGCCUACCACCCCUCCCACCCCCAUCUCGGUGGGAGAGAAUUUUCACGAGGAAAAGGUGUUCGGUUCCAAGGCAGAGCUCCAGCUACAUACGCAGGCGCAUAUGCGGGAAGCAAAGCCCUACAAGUGUUCCCAAUGUUGUAAAGCCUUCGCCAAUAGUUCCUAUCUAUCUCAACAUACCAGGAUCCAUCUUGGUAUCAAACCAUAUCGAUGCGAGAUCUGCCAAAGAAAGUUCACACAGCUCAGUCACCUGCAACAACACAUAAGGACGCACACGGGCGAUAAACCUUACAAAUGUCGACAUCCCGGCUGUCAGAAAGCGUUCAGCCAACUCAGCAACCUCCAGUCCCACUCCAGAUGUCACCAGACGGACAAACCUUACAAGUGUAACUCUUGCUACAAAUGCUUCAGUGACGAACCCUCCCUAUUGGAACACAUCCCCAAGCAUAAGGAGAGCAAACACCUCAAGACUCAUAUCUGCCAGUAUUGUGGCAAGAGUUACACUCAGGAAACGUACCUCAGCAAGCAUAUGCAGAAGCACGCAGAAAGGACAGACAAGAGGCCUCCCAUCGGUCCUAGCUUUGGUCUCAAUAGAGGUUUGGAGCACCCCUAUUGGCCGAAGGUCAGUCCGGACAGCGCAGAGAACAUGCACGACUACCCCAACGAUAUUCCGCGUCAAAUUCUGGAGCAGAACGAGGACUUGGUCAUCAUAAGGCAACAGCUCAGUCAGAACCAUCCGCCACCAACAGGGACGCCCAACAAUCUCAACCCUUACGACACAUCAAUCUCUAAAUCCAACGCAAACUCCGCAUUCACGCCAAUCAACUCCAUGUCGGGUCACCUAAAUCUGAAUCAUCAUCAACUAGCUCCCAACAGGCCUUACAUUUACGACGCUUUGAGUUUCCAGAAACAAAAUGGCCUAGAUCUGCCCAAGAGCCAGCCCUCGAAUGGUUUUCCGAACCAACUGAUAUCGUUACACCAAAUAAGAAAUUAUGCACACCAGCCUAAUCCCAGUCUUAUGGAACACUCAAUAUUGGGAGGUCUCAAAGAUAAGUAGGCGUAAAAAUGGCUAAGCCUGGAAUUAUUCAGUGUUUUUCACCAGAUUCCACUCCUUACGUUGAUCUCUAGAAUUUAGUCAGUUGAGGUUAUAGCCAAUGCCUAAGCCUCAACUGCCAAACUUCCAUUUGGAUGGGGAUAUGUGAUUAUAGGUUAAAGGAUCUGGUGAAAUUGGAUCAAAAAAUUGUUAGUUUGUAUUCUUUCGGUCCCCUCCAAAAAGUUCAAAUUUGAAAAUAGUACUUGGUUCGAAGUAUUCAAAACAAUAAGCAGUAAAAAUACAGAAAUUUAAACAAAUAACACUUUAUAUGUUAAAUAUUUUUUAUCAUAAUGAACAUAACACUGAAUUAUUUAUUUAUCUAUCUAUAUCAUUUUAUAUAUUGAACUUCGAAUUCAAUUUGACAACAGAAGUGUGGAGUCCGAAAAAUACUGAAAAAAAAUUCGGUGUAAAUCAUAACUCAUACUUGAAGAAACUGUGAAUAUAUUUGUAGAAAUAAUUAUUAUAAAGAUAUUGUGUAUAUUUGAAUUUAAAAGUGUACAGAGUUUAGUUUAAUUUUUUGAGAUUUUUGGGAACAAGAAUUUUCAACAUGGUAUUAUUGAAAUGGAAUCUAUAAUUUUUUGUGAAUAUAAUAUAAUAUUAAUUUAUUUUUUAUGGAAUUUUUGUUCCCGAAAGGGAUAUGAGCUCAAUUUAAUUUAUUUCGAUUAUUUGGUAAAAAUAUCGAAUUAUUUUUGACUUUGUCAUUUUUGAUUGAAAUGCUCAGUUAUUAUUUAAGUAAAAAGUGCAAAUAAUUAUAUUAAGUUUUGAAAGUACUACUCCCAGUUGUUUUUCUACUGGACAUAAUGAAAAUACUUAUUUUAUUGUGAAACAUUUAUUAAACAUCUAGUUAUAAAUGGUACAAGUGUUCACCUUCAAAUAUAUUGUCAUAAAAGAGAUUGAUAAUAUGAUGAAAUAUUGACGUCCUUAUUGAAUAUUUUCACAUUUGAUGUUUUUCAUAUUGAAAAGUGGAUAAUGUCUCUACUAAGCUUAAUGUCUAUUUAGUAGUUUCUUUCUUUCUUGGCUACAAUCCGAAAAUUUGGAGAAAAUUGUAUUCCAUAAAAUGUAUCGACAAAUUUUAAAUGAAGUGCAAAAAUCUGUUACUUUGUUUGGGAUUUGUCGAGUUUCAACAAGCUUUAACUUGUUAUAGGGUCAUGUUAAGUUUCAAUGUAGGUAUCUGUUUUUUUUUGUAAUAAUGGCUUUGUGAUCUGAGUUAUACAAAAAUGUUGUAUUUAUAGAAGAAAUAUUGGUUUUUGUUACAUACUAUAUGAAAUUAAAAGUAUUCCACUUUA